UAACACCCGAAGUACCAAAAUUCUUCUCGCAUUUGUAACAGGCUCGGCAAGAAGUCCCGAACCUCCUUGCGUGAGCAAAACCGGCACCGAUGCUGUCCUGCUUGCCUUGUUCGAGCUGAACAAGUUAAUCAAUUUCUUACAGGUUUUCUAAGCGUCUACAAAAAUUUCUUUGAGGAGAAAAGCGUCCAUCCCCUCUGCACCCGAUUUUAUCUUCGAGAUCGGUAUUCUAAUGGCAGAUAAGAACAAUCUAUACCCCGUGAUCGAAAUUCUGGAUUUGAAUCUGAAGGAAUCGCCAACAUCGAUGGCGGAAUACGUCUCUAGGAUUUCUACUGUUCCCGAUGACGAUAAUAAGGGUGCUCAGUUGCAGAAAAAAGAUGAGGAUUCAUGCGCUAAAAAUGUUGAAAAUACUAACUUUCUUCCUUCGGUUGAUUGUGCCUCUAUGCAACAAAAUUACCAUCCUCCAGAAUUCCUUAACUAUGCCAACAAAUCUCUCGAAAAGCGGAGGUUAGGUAGAUAUUUCUGCUAUGAUACACCAUAUAAUGAAGAUACUGGUGUCUGGAUUCCUGUUUCCGUACCGCCCAUGUCAGCUAGCGAUCAUGAGGAAUACAGCCAAGGUUUCUUGACCAAUGGGGCAUAUUUUCCUGAUGGCGAUAUAAGUUGGGCUCAGCUUGCCGGGGAAUAUAGGGAGAUGACUAUGUGGGAUGUUGUGUUAGAGAUUCUUCUAGCCACCCGAGGAAAGGUGGCUUCUUUUUCUGUGGGUGAGUUACGGAGCAGUAAAUUGCCUUGGAUCCCAAAUGAACUAUUGGACCAUGCCUGGAGUGAGAUGGCUCAUACUCUUACAGAGGCUAGUUAUGGAAAUGCCAAGGAAAUUCUUGAUGCUGAGCCACCUAGGUGGCUAGCUGACAGUGCUGCGACAUAUUGUAUGCUCUGUAAUGUAAAAUUUCAUCCCAUUAUGUGUUCUAGACAUCACUGCCGUUUUUGUGGUGGGAUAUUCUGUAAUGAAUGUUCAAAAGGAAGGAGCUUGCUUCCAUCUAAAUUCCGGAUUUGGGAUCCACAACGGGUCUGCGAUGUCUGCUCUGUCCGUCUAGAGUUUGUUCAGCCCUAUCUUAUGGAUCAAGUAAGCCGGGCAUCACAGUUGCCAACUCAUGAUCUGACUGAUCUCAGCACGUUACGAUCAUGGUUGAACUUUCCAUGGGGUCAGUCAAUGGAGCAUGAGAUCUAUAAGGCUGCUAAUACAGUUCGUGAUUACAAUAAGGUUGGUUCUUUGAAGCCAGAAAAGUCCAUUCCUGAUGCUAUUCUAAAACAAGCAAAAGGCCUUGCCAUACUAACUGUUGCAAAGGUUGGGAUGAUGAUUACAUAUAAUGUUGGGACUGGUUUAGUAAUUGCUCGUCGUGAUGAUGGAUCUUGGUCGCCGCCAUCAGCUAUUUCUACCUUAGGCAUUGGGUGGGGAGCACAGGCUGGUGGAGAGUUAACUGAUUUUAUAAUUGUUCUUAAAACAAAAGAUGCGGUUAAGAACUUCAGUGGAAAUGCUCAUUUUUCAUUAGGCGCUGGCAUCAGUGCAGCAGCUGGAAUUGUUGGGAGAGCAGCUGAGGCUGAUCUGCAUGCCGGGGCUAGUGGAUUUGCUGCCUGCUACACAUACAGCAGAAGUAAAGGUGCAUUUUUGGGUUGUUCGUUAGAAGGCAGCUUACUAACCACAAGAACAUCGGAAAAUCGCCGCUUCUAUGGAUCUUCAACAGUUAAUGCAUCGGAUAUUCUUCUCGGCGCAUUGCCGAGGCCUCCUGCUGCUGCAGUUCUUUACAAUGCUCUUUCUAAUUUGUUCCAGAAACUGGAAAGCCGAUCAAUCAGUUAAGUUAGACUGGUUCUACGAGGAGAAACUAUUAGGUGAGGACUAUGCAUACACAUUUAUACAUGCGAAAAAUGUAAGUGUACAAUUGUAUACUCGCGUAUGGAAUACGCAGUACGUAGCGAGCAUGCAUCUUUGUAAGAAAAAAAUGGAAGGACAUAAUAAUUUCUCCUUCGCAUGAUAAUGAAUGCUCGACUCUCCUCUUUCAUGGAUCAAUGUUGAUUUUGCUUAUCCAUUCUCAUUCCAUAUUCUUUGUUUUUAUGUAAAUAGGUGUAUCGAUGUAAAGUUUAGUAAGUGAAAGAUUAAUUUGUCUAAU